AUGACAAUGAUGAGUAACACUAGCUUAGCAUUAUUGGUGAUGAUUAUUGGAACAUUAAUAUAUAACACAAAUAAUGUUUCAGCUCAAUGUGGAGGAAGUCUUCCAACUCUUAUAUCAGAAUGUUCAAAAUUUGUUCAAAAAACAGGACCACCAAUUCCACCAUCACCAGGGUGUUGUGCUGCCAUUAGAAGCUUUGAUAUUCCAUGUGCUUGUAAACUCAUUACUAAAGAAGUUGAAAAAUUUGUGAGUGUUCCUAAGACAAUAGCUGUUGCACGGUCUUGUGGAUUGAAACUUCCUGCUGGAAUGCAAUGUGGAUCUGUUAGAGUGCCGCCGAAAGCCAUGAAGUGA